AUGGAUAUUCACCAUGUGACUAUACCACUGAUGUUGAACGAUUUAACAAUGAUAACGUUGAACUGGCGCUCUUUUGAAUAUUUGUCGCUAGAACAAAACAGGGUUUAUACGGUGACAAGUUUUAUCGCCGAGAUUGGCGGAUCAAUUGGUGUUUGGUUGGGACUUUCCGUUUUGAGCUUGAUCCAGACACCAGUGAAUUUGACCUUCAUGAUUGACGAUACCUAUCGUGUUUUGAAGAGCUAUAAAUGCAGAACUGUUUACUAUUUUCAAAUCUAUCACAACAGCAAAAUGCAGUUGCAAUCCUAUAACUUCAUCACCGCCAUUUCGGUUCCUGCCGGUGUCGCAUUCCUACCAGCAACAAAUGAGACGUUUCGAAUUUCCUCCGCAUUAUCAAAACCCGAGACGUUCUCCUUAAAUAGUAAUGUAUAA